CAUGGAGAGCAAGGUCCCUUCCCUGCCGGCGAUGUACGUGAUGUUGAUGACGAUGAUCAUCCUGGCCAUCGCCGUCUCUUUCUCUUGCCCCGUCGUCGGCCACUGCACGGAGGUCAAGGCAGCCCAUGAUGCUGGUGAUGAGGCCGUGGCGCAUCCGGACGGAGGCCGUCGGAGCUGGGGGCCGCCGCCGCCGCAUGGCGGGACCCUGCGUAGGCCGUACAAGGGCCGGCAACCCGUGCGCCCCCCGCCCCCUCUUGCACCGCCGGCGCACGGGAAGGUCAUCGGCGUCGGCCGGAGCGGGUAGUAGUAACUAGUAAACGAUUAAUGCCCGAUUAUCAACGAUGGUUUAUCCAAAGCUGUCCUAUCGUAUCGUAUGUGGAGUACGUACAAAU